UUUGCCUCCAAAUCCUUCAAACGUCUGAAGCCAAUUACUCCGUGAACUCCAUCGGCGGCGAAAUUCAGUUGUAACCAUGGUCGAUAUGAAUAAUCAAGAUAAUAGACAGAUAUUACAACAAGUGAGCUCUUUAACUGCAUAUGUUGCGAGCUUGGUAGUUAUUUGGUUUUGGACCUAUACAUGUGAUGUUGAACAUUCUAGCUCGAUACCAAAUGAAAUACGGCUUGAGGGAGAACAAGUUAGAAAUGAAUUAUUGAGCUAUCUAUUCUCGAGUGAACUCUGUUUUAAUAUUAUAAGGAUGACUCCUUCGGCUUUCAUCGGGUUAUGCGAGAUUUUGAUUAGAGACGGUGGUCUUAGACCAACGCUUCAAGUUACUGUUGAAGAACAAGUUGCAAAAGCCCUUUGGUUGUUAGCACAUAAUAUGACAAAUCGAGAGUUAUCUUUAAUCUUUCGGCGCUCUGGGGAGUCGGUUAGUCAUCAUUUUCAUACUGUCUUGCGAGCUAUUUUGGGGUUGUAUGAAAAAUUUAUUAAACAACCAGAUGGCUCCCAAGUUCCUUCUGAAAUUGCCAGCAACCAAAGAUUCUACCCAUACUUUAAGGAUUGUAUUGGUGCAAUCGAUGGAACACAUAUACGUGUUAAAGUUUCACAAGAUGAAGCACCCAAAUAUCGUGGGAGGAAAUAUUAUCCAACACAAAAUAUAUUGGCUGCAUGUACGUUUGAUUUAAAAUUCACGUACGUAUUAGCUGGAUGGGAAGGGACAGCAUUUGAUUCAAGAAUCAUGAAAGAAGCACUAACUAGACGAGAACCGUUAAAAAUUCCCGAAGGUAAAUACUACCUUGUUGAUGGAGGAAUCAUAUUGAGAAGUGGGCUUAUCACACCUUAUAGGGGAGAGCGGUAUCACUUGAAAGAGUAUUCAAGAAAUCCACCUCGAAAUCCUCGUGAAUUGUUUAAUCUGCGACAUGCAUCUUUGUGUAAUGCUAUUGAACGAGCAUUUGGAGUUCUUAAAAAGAGAUUUCCUAUAAUUGCUAGUUCAACUGAGCCAUCAUAUGGUGUUGGUACCCAAAAACUUAUUAUUUUUGCGUGUUGUAUUUUGUACAACUAUUUAAGAGGAGUAAAUCCAAACGAUGAGUUGCUUGUACAAGUGGAUGUUGAGCUUAUGAAUAGUGAUAGCGUGCCUGAAGAACCGUCAAAUUCUACGGAAAGCAAUGACGAAACACAAAGAGGAGAGAUAAUUCAAGAUCAAAUUGCAGCUAGCAUGUGGUCUAACUACCAAGCUUAAUUUUUUUUGAAUGAAAACUUAAAUGAUAUUUAUUUGUAAUGUCAUUUACUUUAUUUAAUGUUCAAUUUGCUAGAUUCAUGUGUUCGUAAAUUCAUUGUUUGAAUUGCAGCUAUUAUGUGUAAUACAAUUU